AUGGACGUAGUCGGUGCGAGUUUUUACGGAAUAAACAUCGACUCAUUAAACAACCCUGAUCAACCGGUGGAACGGUACUUGAAGCGCAUAUUUAGCGGUAACGGCACCUUUAGCCAGGCCAUGUCAUCCAUGGCCCCCACGGUGGCCAAGUGGUUGGGACUUGAGUUUUUCGACACCGAAUCGACCGCUUAUUUCGAUGCCCUAACCGAUCGUAUAUUAAGCGAACGGAAACACAAUAAUAAGUAUACAAACAGUCGGCGAACGGAUUUCGUGCAACUGAUGAUCGACUCCGAGAAGUCUAAUCGGGAUUUGGGUUACGACUCGAGUAGUGAUGUCGACCCCACUCCCGAAGGGGAGUCCCAAACCGCGGGUCAACCCAAGGGUACACUAACUCCCGAUGAACUAAUAGCCCACGGAAUGUCGCUAUUUGUGGCUGGCUACGAUACUGCCAGUUCCACCAUGAUUCAUUCAAUAUUUUAUUUGUCAACAAACAUGGACUGCCAAACCCGGUUGUUUGAGGAGUUAAGCACUUGUACCGAGUUCACCAACGACACCACGGUGCAUUUAAAAUAUUUAAACGCGGUGAUCCACGAGACAUUACGACUAGCCCCACCCCUGACCCUUUACCAUCGUGUGUGCCGUCAAGACUACAAAUUAGGAGAUACAGGCAUAAUAAUACCUAAGGGAACUAAUGUAGAGAUAUUUCCAUAUGCCUUACACCGGGACCCGGAUUACUGGCCCAAUCCCGACGAUUUCAUACCCGACCGGUGGUUCGAGUCCACACACCAUCCCUAGGCCUACAUACCAUUUGGCGGCGGCCCUCGUGUUUGUCUCGGUCAACGGUUUGCCAUGAAUGAGAUGCGAAUGUGCCUGGCUAAGUUAUUUAGUAAAUAUGAGUUUACAUUGGCACAACCACCUGUUUUGGAGUAUUAUAGAGGGUUUCCAUUUAUGUCGCCUAAGAAAUUAAUUGUAACAAUAAAAGCUCG